AGUAGUGCUGCGGUCGUUGAGAAUAUGCGAUUGAAGUGAAUUUUGAAAAACUCGCGACGACGACCGUACCGCUCUUGGCAGUCAGAGGAAAACUCUCAAAUUUUAGUUAGGGAGAGUUGCGUUGGAUUGAAUUUGCAAAUGGAUAAAAAAGGAGAAUAAUGAUUUCACUGACAGCUGGUUAAUCCAUCAAGAUGUCUCUUCUCUAUUCAAGUGAAUCGACCGCAGCACAAUCGCUGUGUUUGAAUAAUUCGACCACAGAAUGUCUUCCCUGCAACUUGUCAGAUAAUGUGGGCGUUUCUUUUUUUGGACGUAUUCCAGAACUCAACGAAGAUCCCAGAACUGAAGUCUUAAGGAGAUACUCCUAUGCAUUCGCUUUACCGUCCAUAUGUUUCUUGGGAAUCAUCGGCAACAUAUUCAAUCUUAUUGUAUUAACGAGAAGAAAUAUGAGAGGACCGGCAUAUAUUUAUAUGAGAGGUUAUUCCCUUGCUGCACUCUUAGCUCUGCUAUGUGUUCUACCGUUUGCUUGGAGAGUUUUUGUUCACAGAGAACAAGGUCAUUGGGAAGAUUCAAUUCCAGCAUAUUAUUUUGCACAUCUAGAACUAUUCCUUGGCAACAGUUGUUUAGGAAUAGGUGUUAUGAUGUUAUUGGCUUUAACUUUGGAACGAUAUGUCAGCGUAUGCCAUCCAGGUCAUGCUAGACCUAUUCUAGGAUCACCUGUUCGCGUUGUCACUAUCAUACCAGUAUUCUCCACAAUUUUUUAUAUUCCAAUCAUAUUCAGAAAUGAAGUGAGAACGUGUCAGUUGUUACCAGAAGGAACUAUAAUCUAUCAACGAGUUGAGGACACGGUUUAUUUAAAUAGUCCGCUAUUUAGUGUGUAUAAAAUUGUAUUAGAAGUAAUAUUCAAGAUAAUUCCAGUUAUUCUUUUAGCAGCAUUAAAUUUAAGAAUUUUAAUUGUGUAUAGAAGAUCUUGCGAAAGGAGAAGGAAGAUGACUAGUCGUAAAACAUCUGGUGAAGAUGAUCCUAAGAAGUUUGCAGAAGAAAGGAGAUUAGUUUUGUUACUUGGAUCUACGAGUAUAUUAUUUUUAGUGUGUGUAACACCUAUGGUACUACUGAAUAUAACCCUUUCAUAUGCUAAUUUGAUACAUUUCCACUACCAGGUUUUCCGCGCGAUAGCGAAUCUCCUGGAAAUUACUAACUAUUCAAUAACAUUCUACAUCUACUGUUCAUUUUCUGAAGAUUUUAGGAAUACUUUAUUGAGAACACUGAAACUGGGUGGUAAUACGUCACUACGGGAAGUACUCAGAACUCCACAACCUACUGCCACUACAACUACAACGCAACAAAAAGGUGCUUGAUACAAACCUUGUCCUUCACAAUUAACAUUAGUUUGAGAGAAAAUUCAUUCUCAUUUUGUAAUUAACAUGUAUUGUAAGGAUUUGUAUACAGUGAAUGCCUGUAUUAUGAAAUGAAAUGAUUAAUUUUGAAGCGGAAGAAUUAUGAAACAUGUCCAAUUUUGUUUUCCUAUCCUAGUGAACAUUUCGUUGAAAUUCUCUCACCGGUGAUGGCUUGGUGAUGAAGUGGUUAAUUUUUUUAAUAAAAAUGCACCCAAUACUAUUUAGCGAUAUCAAACUUUCAAUUUAAUUCAAAUAAUUUCGAAGAAGGUGGAAAAAAUCUUGAUGAACAAAAUUCUUAGAUGAAAUUUAAUUUAAACUGAAAGCUAUUCACGUCUUUUUGACAAUAGAGGAAUGUGUUGAUGCUCUGUACCAUGAAGUUUUAUGUAGUUUUAGCAGACAAACUAAUUUGAUUAUUGAACCUUGGAAAGUAGUUGCAUACUCUCAGAAAACUGUUUUCAGUGAUCGAAAUCAUCCCGUUUAGUUAUUCAUAUAGUUGAUUUUUGUUUACUGUUUUUUAAAAUACGUUAAACCGAAACUACUGUCUAUAUACAAAUGUAUUACGAACAACAUUGCUGAUUCUUCUAUAAAUUAAGUAAAAUAUAAAGUUUCACGUUACCAUUAGUUUAAGGACUCCCAGCAUUUGCAUAAUUAUCAUGCCCUAUAUCUCUAAAUAUUUCUCUGGUGGAUGGUGCACUCUAGAUAUUUAACAGGUACUCUGAGUUCAUUCCUUCAAUUAAGUUAUUUAUAUUUCGUUAGAUUAGCCAUUAUAUACUACUUAUUUCGACGAUCAUCAAAAAUCUUUAAAUCUUGAUGCAAACGCUUCCGUUCAUAAUUCAUACUUCCUAAUUAAUUGUCAAUGGAAAAGUUCGAAUAUCGUGCAGGGAAUGAAGUUUCCAUGACAUAUUCAGUUGUUAACUUUUAAUUGCUUUGUUGUUGUUUUUGUUUCCGAAAAACGUUUCGACAACGUUUUUGAAUGACUUCCAAGAAGCUUUUUUAGUGACAGAUAUAAGACUUUAAAACUGACGAUGUUUUAUCUUUAGGGAUUUGCGGGAUAACAAAUUUUCUGUAAAAUUUGGAAAUAUUGUAUGCAAAUUGCGGAAUGUUUCUCUUUUUUUAUUUAGACCUCCUUAAAGUUUUCCAUAAGUCUCAGUUUAGUGUGCAAAGGGAGUAUAAUGAUGUUUUAAGAAUAGGAUUCACCAUCUACUCAUAUUAGAUUUGAUUUUGUUCGGGGUACCUAGGUUCCGAAUAAGCUAUUCUGCACCUACAUGUGGUUGUUCUCUGGCCCUGAUCUCCAGCAGACAAAGGAAGCAUUUGGGAUAAACAAUACCGGCAGCUUCUUAUCUAUUUUCAUUAUUUACUACGAUAUUCAUUGUCACUGAGGGUUUCUCAUUUCCGUUAUGCAUCAAAGCAUCACUCAUCAAUUUCGAAGAAUAAAUGAACAAGCGCAAUUUUUUUUAUUGUAGUUUUGAUUCAAUACUCCAAAAAUGCCCGAGAUAUGAAUACAAUAACAAUAUUUUGACAACUUAUGAGUUAACCUCACUUCUGUUACUGGACAACGUAACUUUCGUAUCUGAUGGUAACGAAUUCCAAUGGUGUAAGCCAGGCCCCAAGAACUUCUGCUCUGGAUCUUGAUAAAUAUUUAAUGAUAUCAUGUAAUUCAAUAAUUAUAUGUGAAGUACAUUCUUGGAAAGAUGAAUAGUCAGAAUCAAUAGAAUCAUCAUUUGCAUUGUCAUCCUCCGAUAUAUUUUGACUAGAAUUAGUUCAAAGCAUAACAUGUUUGAGUAACUUGGUAACAAAUUUUGUUAACGUUCGAAACAAAAAAAAAUAUUGAUUAAUUUUGAAUAUCUCAGUUUAUUAAUAUAUUUAAGCCUCUAGCACAGGGGUCGGCAGUCUUUUGAGUCGGUAUAGUUAGAAAUUACAGUUUGGAAAAUUUUUUUGCCUAUUGUACUCGCACAAAUUUUUUUUUUUUUGGAAAAAAAACUAAUCUUUCACUCAUAAAAGAAAAUAUCUUUUUAUUUUUAUAUUUGUAGCGUUCUUCAAAACAAAUUAGUUAAUUUACAUAUUUAUAUGGAAUUAUCAGGUAUCAUUUAGGUAAAAAUAAAAUAAAACAAUUACUCAUAGCUCAAUAACAUGAAUUUGAGUACACAAAUUCAAUGGCUUUGCAUGGCUUUAGAAUAUUUUGAUAAAUUAGGCUAGUAACUUGUUGUUUUAUGUUUCAAACGCUAUACAUUUUCAUUUGGUAGUUGGGUUCUUACUUAGAACAAUUCUACUGCUUUCACAAAACACAUGUGGUACCUUUUUUGUAUUGGUUAGCAAUAGGAAAUCAAAAAUAAUAAAGUUAUGCACUUUUAAAAAAAUCAACGGUGGGUCUUCUCUUCUAUGAAGAUAAACCUGUUGACAAACAUAACUUCGUUUGCACUUUUUAUUUAACAUUUUAAUUGAAUUUGAUUAAAAUAUUGGAAGUUGAGUAAGAAUAUUAAAUUUCAGUCACUUUGUAGGGUAGUUGAAAACAAUCAUUGUGUAAUAAAAAAAGUUGUACGUUAUAAAAUCAUUUCUUUUCGUAUUAAAGAAGAGUAGAACAUUUAUUUCGAGGUGUAGAAAGUUACGAUUCUCUUAUAUGCAACCCAACAUACAUUGUUCUUAUAACAUUUUAAAAUGAAGUAGUUGUAUUAGUAAUAUUUGUGAAUGUGAAUGUGAAUUCGAAUAUCAAAAAAGGGAUAUUUGUGAAGAGUUUAAUUUGAUUCCACCAGAAGUGGCAGAAUUGCAAAUGUAAUAUAUUUAGUUUACUGCCUAAGAAACUCAACGUGGCAUAUUUUUCAUAUGGUCCCCUGGUAUCUAACUUAAUUAUAUUUUUUUAAAUAAAGAAAAAAGAUCGACCGAGAGGUAGGUUUUUCUUCCUUUGCCUAUUUAGCCCAUCGAUCUUCCAUCAUUCUGUUGACGUAGUCUCUCCAAUAUCGCCAUUUCGAUCUCGUGAAUCGUACUAUAUCCUGAAUUUUCAGAUCUUUUCCGACAGCUUUACUUUUAUUUGAUAUCUUAGGCUCACUUCUUCGAUAUUUCUCAAUAUUUCAAUAUUGCAUAUGAAAAUAAAGGUCUUACGAUUGUUUUGUAUAGGCGGACUUUCCUAUCGGUGGAUAUAUAUUUGUUUUUCGAACUGAGGUCCCCCGGAUAGCCAGAUAUUUUUGAGUGAAGUUGCGCAGAUAGCCAUAGAUUUUUCAGUACUUAUUUAUUUGGGCUCGUACCUCUUGGUGUAAGCUUUUGGCGCUUGUGAUCUCGAUUCCUAAGAAUGUACAAUGCAUAAACUGGUUAAUGAAUGUCUUUCACAGCUAGUUUGUAGGCUCUGUAGGCUAUGACCAUUGACUCAGUUUUUUCUACAGAUAUCUGCAUAUUAAGGUUUUCGGCUGUUGUUUGGAACUUAUAUAGCAAACGCUGUAUGUCAUCCUCGUUAUCUGCUAUCAAGAUUUAGUCAUCAGUAUAUAUAUUCUUAAUGAUUUUCGCCUCAUGUGGUAUCCUUCAGUGGUUCUUUUACGCUAUUAAUUAUUUUAUCCAUAAAUACAUUCAACAAGAAUGGGCUCACAUUGUCACCUUGUUGAAUUUCUUUUAGUAUUGGAGCUUGUUGGGUAAACCCCCGCUGAGUUUUUUUAUUGACUUAUCUAUUACGUUUAUACAAUUUACUGGUGUGCUAUGUUUCCGAAGUAUGAUGUCGGUUAAUUGAAUCCAAUCAAAUACUUUCUUGAGAUCGACAAAAGAAAGGAACAGGAGUUUUCAAUAAUCAAUGGAUUUUUUUAUUUUUGAAAAUUUGUCUCAAUUGUUAAAUUUUCUAUUAUAUAAUACGAAUAAUAACGAAUACGUGAAAAAGUGAAAAAAACUCAAAGAGAAUUGAUAUCUUUUCCAUAUAAGGUGCCAGAUGAUAUCCACUAUGUCACCACACCAUCACCGGUGAUAAAAUGUGAAUUAGAACAUGUAUAUUUUACAGCAAAAAUCGUUUUGCAAGUUUUAAUGGAAAAAUGUUGCACUAGUAUGUAUGAUUUGGUUUAUAAACACAUCACUGAAACUUCAAUCACAUAGACAUAAUUUGAUGUGAAAUUGCGUCUAAUAUCAAACUUUGUACAUAUUGUUCAUUAUAUACAUUUUAUUCUACGAGGUGUCCCAUAUAAGAAUGUUACCUGAAAAAUCUACCCAUCCAUGAAUAUAGGGUGCUACAUUUAUUACGACUUUAUUAAUUUAAGAAAUGAGUAUGUAAAUAUAUGAUUGUAUAGUGCUCCUAUCACUUUUAAAAGUUGCAUGAAACUUUCCCAUUAAAAUAUUUAUUUAGAUCGUCUCAAACACUUUAUAUAGAUUAGUGAAAAUAUUCGCUAUGGAUUUUCAAAAAAAAAUUUUUUUUGUUUUGUUCUAUGAUGUCUAGAAACUCCGAUCGAAUUGCCUCACAUCUAAUAAGACACACCAGCAAAUUAAUUCAUAUAUUUGAAUAAAUAAAAACGUUCAAUUAAGUAGCAAACUCUGAAAUAACAAAUAAAAAGCGAAAGAGAAGAUGCAAAACCAGAAAAAAGAGAUAACCAAAAAACUAUUAAGAAUAAUAAAGAUUGAUAACAGGCAUAUGGAAAUGGAAUAGAGAGAUAUCUAAGCUAAAAGACUAUGUGAGUUGAGUUAUAGUAUUUAGUAUGGAAAAAGGCAUCGAAGCAAACACACAUUGGUAUGUACGCUAAAUCUCGGCAUUCCAGCAAUAAAAAUUAUUGUAGAUAAUACAGGACGGGCAUUAAACUAAAAGGAAAGGAAAAACAUCAAUCUGAAUCGUGGAAAUCAACAUAACCCCUAAACUAAUAUAUAAUUAAAUGCAUUAUGUGAAGGAAUAUCAAAAAUGGAUUUUACUGUUAGGAAUUUCGUUGUGAACAAUUUUAUCAACCAAUUUACCAGCGUCUUUCGUUGCAUCGUGUUAAAUUAUACUAAGCUUAACUGAGUAACUGAAUUAUUAGAAUUGAGAUGAUAAUAUAAUAAAAAUAGUACCGGUAAGGUGUAAUUCCAGUCUAAAAAAUUUAAAAGAAAAAUUUUGUUUUGUUCUAUGAUGUCUAGAAACUCUAAUUGAAUUGCCUCAUAUUAAAUAAGACAAGCAAAUGAAUCCAUAUAUUUGAAUGGAAAAAAAAAUGUUCAAUCAAGUAGCAAACUCAUUGGUAUGUAAGCUAAAUUUCGGCAUCCCAGCAAUCAAAAUUAUUGUAGAUAAUACAACACAAACACAAACUAACAAACAAACAACAUCAAUCUGAAACGUGGAUAUCAACAUAACCUUUAAAGUAAUAUAUAAUUAAAUACAUGUAUGUGAAGGAAUAUAAAAAAUUUCCUUGUGAAAAAUUUUAUCUACUUCCAAUUUACUAGCGCAACUUUCGUUACGUCGUGAUAAAUUAUAAGCUUAACUGAGUACCUAAAUUAUUAGAAUCGAAAUGAUGAAGUAUCAAAAUAGUAACGGUAAGGUGUACCUUCAUUCUAAAGAAUUAGGAUUUUAAAAUGGUUAUUUAUUGAAUCAUAUGUGACGCAUAAUCUUUCUUCUUCUUUAACGAUGCGUUUCCUUCGAUGAAGAUUGCCACUUGUCUCGCCAUCGUUUUGGUUUGUUAUAUUUUGUAAUCUUGGCUAUUUGAUCAGAUUAAUUCCAUUCCCUUUCCCAUCCUUAUAUUUGAUGAUUGUAUGGGUCCUAUUAUUAUAAUAGCUUCAAAAUAAAAUAGUUACACAAAAAUUAUAAAACGAAAUGUUAAAUGUCCAUCCUACCCAAAAAAUUUUUUUCUCAUAAUUUCUCGAGACUGGUAGCUCUUUCAAACAUAUGUCGAAGAAAUUUUGUUUCAAAUAAUUACAAAAUAAUCAUUUGCGAAUAAAUCAUUUGAUGUUUUUCAAUACAACAAUUGCAUAAUUAAAAGUAUUUUUAAAUCACACGAUUUUUCUGGGCAAAAUGUUUAUUCGAAAAUGAAUUUCUAUCAAACGAUAUGAGAAUUGUGAUGUAUUUCCCAUUAAACUCCAGUUCAGUUGUCAAUUUUUUGGGAAUGCGUACUUUUUUCGUUCCAUGUUCUUGUCAAAAAAAUUUUGUUUGUAUUUUGAAGCAACGCUGUUCAUUCUGAAGUGGUUUUGAUACUUAUCGAUAUCAAUUUUAAUAAGCACUCCUAGAAUGUAGUGGAUAUAUUUCAAUGAAAUUUACACUGGUAAAUUGAAAGAAAGUUGGUUGAAGUGUUUGUAUUGAAAUCCAUUCCUCCAUUAGUUAUAAUUUUGUAUAAAACAAAUGAAGUCGAUGAUAUCAUUUAGGAUACAAUGGAUCGUCCUUAUAUGUAAUUAUAAUUUUAUUGAAUGUUAUAUAGGAUGUACUUAUGGAAACUAAAAUGUCUUCAUUAUGUCUACUACUUAUUCAUAAUUGUUGUAUUUAAUAAAUGUAUUUUAUUUCUCCUGUUGUUAAUGAGAAUUUCAUAUCUAGUCGUAAUUUCCACAAAUUAGAAAAUGAAGAAUGUUGAAAAUAUAAAUAUAUUCAAUGUA